AUAUGGGUGUGUACGAUUUUUUUUUUUUCGUCUUUCUUUUCGAACCUCGUAUAACAUUUCUUAACCUUUCCCACCCAGUUUUUCUCCUUCUUCUUUUUUUACCUUCUUUACUUUAUAUAUUCGCAUUCAAACUCAUUAGUUUAUGACUAGUCAAGAACAAGAGCCUCUACUUGCAGGUGAAAGGACAUCAGAAGACGACAAUGAACGACACCCAUCUUCGGAAAGUUCUCAACAAUUUGUUCGUUUGGAAAAUAGACUUCAAAGUGGUCGUUUCACCUCCCUAGAAAAACUCUUAUUCAUAGUUUCUAUCAGUUUAUUCAUCAUCUUGACGAUCUUUGUUGGACUAUAUGCUCGACGUGUAUAUGAUGAUCAUCCUUAUCCACCAACACCCAAUCCUCCUCAAGACAAUAAUGAAACUACACCUCUUUGUAUGACUCCAGAAUGUGUAUUGACCGCAGCUCAAGUACUUCAAGAUAUUGAUCUUACUGUUGAUCCCUGUGAAGAUUUCUAUGCUUAUUCAUGUGAGUUAUUGUCAUUUGGUUUAUCAACUUUUAUAUUCAUUUUUUUUUUUUAAAAAAAAAUCUUAAUAGGUAAUAAUUGGGAAGAACAUCACAAUAUUCCUGAAGGCAAAUCAUCCACGGGAUCUUUCGACUUGUUAGCUACCGGCAAUAAAGAAGUAUUA